ACCAAAAUGCCAACAAGAGCAACAACAUCCAUACUACCACAAAACACUUAUCUCUCUAUCUAGCUUCCAGUAACUGUGAAAAUUUCAUGAUACAGUAAUGCCUAUGUUCAUCACUCACGCAAAUCUCAAGCUAUGUUACCACGCAUAUUCUCCAAACCAACACCAGGAUAAAUUAUGGAUGAGAGACCCAAUUCAUCAUCACCGUGGCAGAAUCAAAAUAACGUCUUUAUCGUCUUCAAACCCGGAAAAUGAGAACUCGUCGCCUGCAGGAAAAAUCAAACGACUUGUUCUUACUAAAGAAGGGAGAACAAAACUAAACGUUACACCGGACAGAGAAUUUUAUGCGUACCCACGUUUUGUAACGCAUGUUGACAACGGAUUCAUAGCAACACUAACAGAUUUAUACAGAGAAAAGUUAAGACCAGGGUGGGAAGUACUUGAUAUUAUGAGUUCAUGGGUUAGUCACUUACCUAAAGAAAUUGAGUUCAAGAAGGUGGUUGGACAUGGACUUAACUCUCAAGAGCUAGCUAAGAACCCAAGAUUGGAUUAUUUCUUUGUCAAAGAUUUAAAUCAGAAUCAAGAAUUUGAAAUGGAGAAAUGCAGUUUUGAUGCUGUCUUGUGCACUGUGAGUGUACAGUAUCUUCAACAGCCUGAGAAGGUUUUUGCGGAAGUUUUUCGAGUGUUAAAGCCUGGAGGAGUGUUCAUUGUGAGCUUCAGUAAUAGGUUGUUCUAUGAGAAAGCAAUUGGGGCGUGGAGAGAAGGAUCUGGUUAUAGUCGUGUUCAACUUGUUGUUCAGUAUUUCCAAUCUGUUGAAGGGUUUACACAACCGGAGGUUAUCCGGAAAAUCGGUGGUGGUGAUCCAGCUGAACAGAAAUCAAAUUUUAUGGGUCAGAUAAUGAAGUUGUUGGGAGCAUUAUCAUCCUCUUCAGACCCUUUCUAUGCGGUAGUAGCUUAUAAGAAUUUUAAACCCAUUUAUGAGUAAAUUGUGUGCAUUACUAAACAGGAGGGCCCUGUUGUCUAAGCAGAGAAAAAAAAUCGGAACUGUAAAUGGUGCGAUAUACAAAACAUGAAGCAAAAAUAAAAACAAGUUGAAUCUGCUACGAUUCUGAAUGCCAUACAUACAUUUUAUGAGGUUUCUUGUAAUAAGUACACUUUGGUUAUCUGCACGAAUUCCAGCCAUUAUCUUAUAAAUUA